AUGCUCCUGUCUAUGCUCAUGUUCAGCGUCCUCGUCCUCCCCUCCGUCCUCCUCCAACGAGCUAUAGAAGGCGGAGGGCUACGGUUCGGACUAGGUGUGACCGUGGGGGUUUACAAAUGCGACGUGUGGGAUGUAUGGCCCGAGCCGGGUUUUGCAGGAGGGAAGAAUGUAACACAGAAGGAAAGAAAAAGGGAGACCUACCGAUCGCAAACAGUCCCAGAACCCCUCGACAAGAACUUGACCCCUCAAGAGGGAUGGGAGCAGAAAUGGGAGAAGAGUCGAGGACAGAGAAGAAAGGAAGAGGCUUGUUCCAAAGGCCAGAAAGAACACGCCAGACGAGACCCUAGCGAGGAACGUUUGAGAAUCAAAGACCUAGAAAAUGGAAGAAAAGGGACUCACCUAGCACACCCAGGCAAAGCACGCACAUUCCCCCUUCCUCCAAUACUACCCCCACUAAUCGGAUACUUUGGCUUCUUCAUCGCCAGUCGGUUGUCGUCUGUUGUCCUCCAGCCGGCUGUUGCUGCAAUCGACGACAUCUCCUUUGGAGACGCAUACCCGCUCCUCCUUAUCCUGAUAGAUGUGCACGCGCCUACUACCCCCCGCCGUGUCUUCCUUCCGCCUCACGCUCGUCGUUCCGCAGCUCUGGAACUGCCACGCUAUAAUCGUGGACACCACCAACCACCAUCGCCGAUUGACGCACCCAGCACUCCUCUUCUCUUCUUCGGACCUCGUAUCACCAACCGACAAGACAUCAACGAUGUGUCAGGAUGUUAUGGACGGCCCGCGUAUAAGCGAGUUAUCACCCCUCUUUCACCUGCGCCGCGAGGGGUUGACGUUCUACCUAUGCACAGUUUAUCCCUCCCUCCACUAAACAACUCUUCGACGGCCCUAGCAUUUCCGUCAGGUACUUACCUGUUGGACGGUCGUACCGUUGCAGGUGAAGCGCACGGAUUAGGUACCUAUGACAACUCUCAUGAAAUCACGCCUUUCUUGUGGACGUCCCUCCAUCAGGAGAUGAUGGAGCGCAGGAAUUCGUACCAACUAUUCGUUCUCGACGAUUUAUCAACAGUCUUACCCUACUCAACUUCUAUUUUUUCGUCGAUCAUCACAACUGUCGGGCCGGUAAAACACGUUACGGGAUUCGGGCUCAGUAACUGCUUGCGUACUCGCACGUUCCCUCGCCAACAUACUCCGGCACCGACUCCCUCUUCUUUUUCUACUACUGCAAUUGCCUUCCGGUUCUCUUAUCGUCAUGUCUCUCCUAGAGCGGAUCGACGUAAUCUUUUUGACGAACGUGGCCGACGACUCGACCACCCGUCUGAUAAAGGUGCUGGGGCGAGUUACCCGCGACCGAGGGUAAGACGCGGGGUGUGGCGUCGUGGCGUCGCAGGCAUGAGUGGGAACGACGAUGAAGACGCAGACGAGAGUGGCGACAGUGAGCAGGAGGAUAGUAGUGGAGAGGAAUCAGAUACUGAGAGCGAGGAAUCCGGAGACUCAGAAGAUGACGAGGAUGAAGAUGAUACGGAAGGUGUGUUCUCUUCCACCCCAUUUGUGCACAGGGCCAGUAACCGACUCUGA